GUGAAUUCCUGUAAUAAGCCAUACUUUUAAUGUAUAGAAUGCAUUAAAAACAUGCCCAAGCUCACCGACAAAGUCGAGGAAUGUGGCGCGUAUGAGUGGUGACGUGCUCCAGGAAAAUGUCUGCCUGGGAUAUGUGGUGAUAUUUCUUGGACCCCGCUUUCGGCCUUUUUCACCCCUCUAAGCUCUAACCUCUACCUUACUGUUCUACUGCGCACCACAGCGACCACACUUGGGAUCACCAUAGACGCGCAGGCCGAUUACCGUCUCUUCAAGUUGCCUUCACUCUAGUGUUUAUCAUCUUUCCAUCAUGGCCGGGGCUCUUUCCUCCCAGCAGAUCGCGGACUUCAAGGAGGCGUUUGCUGUUUUUGACAAGGAUGGUGAUGGUCAAAUCACUACGAAGGAGAUAGGUGAGGUUAUGAAGAGCUUGGGCCUGGAGCCUUCCGAGUCCGAACUCCAAGACAUUCUCAACGAGGUGGAUGUUGAUAGCAGCGGUUCUAUUGACUUUGACGAAUUCUUGGUCCUGAUGGCACGCAAGGCCGAUGCCUCCGACCCAGAGCAAGAUCUGCGUGAAGCCUUCAAGGUUUUCGACCGCGACAACACUGGCACUAUCUCCCGCGAUGAGCUUCGCGAUGUCAUGAGAUCAAUCGGCGAGGAUUUCACCGAGGCUGAGAUCGACGACAUGAUGCAGUUGGCCGACAAGGACGGCAACAACACCAUUGAUUAUCAAGAGUUUGUUGAGAUCAUGGGCAUGGGGCCAAAGUGAUGGAUGCGUGCUACUUGUUAGCUAGAGGCGAUCCACUCUGCAUUCAGGUUAUCGUUGGAGUACUUGAUAUUCGAACCACACUUGAAUCUUCGCUCAACCCGACCCAAAUUUUUGUUCGCUUAGAUGCGAGUCUGGGCCAAUUGCUUCAGAUUUAAUGGCAGUCCUUGCGAA